CGGAAGUGAUGCGUGUUGUGGCCUGUUUGAGCGGGGACCUGGUGGCAUCCGUUCGUAGUUUGUUGGGUUGGCGGCGGGGAACAGCGAUUUGCGAUGGGGGAUGCUGUGGCCGCUGUCCCCGAGAGGGAGAUGAAGUACUUCAUGUUUCGGCAGAUGAAGAGAAUCCGGGUCUUUGAAUCUCCGGAUGAAUUGCCGAAGGACAGGGUUAAUCUCCUGGUCAUCUCCAAUAUUUAUGGACUCACCUUUAUGGGAGGCAGCAAAGGCCUGAAAAUUCUCAGUAGUCAAUACAUUGCUUUGGCUGACAAGGAAGAGGGAAGUAUAAAUGAAAUCAUCGAAGAUGCACCUUUUAUGUCAGUUAAUAUGAAGCUCCCUGUGCACCACAUUGCCCUCAGCUGUGAUGAUUUCACUCUUUCUGUUGCCAUGGUGUCAGAAGAGUAUGGGCUGAUCAUUGCUUUCUUUGACGUUCGAACAUUUCUAAACAAGGAGAAAUCUCAGAAGCGACCAUUCGUGUACUACAAGCCAGAAAAAAACUGUACAGUGUUGGAUUUAAAAUGGAAUCCCGCAGUCAUUUCCAUCUUGGCAAUCUGCAUGUCAGAUGGAAGCGUGACCAUUUUGGAAGUUACUGACAUCGUUAAGCAGCAUGCCAGCCUUCCGGCCACUGCUGGCAUCACUUCGUUAUGCUGGAGUCCAAAAGGGAAGCAGUUGGCUGCUGGUCGACAAAAUGGAACAGUGGUUCAGUAUUCACCGGUACUGCAAGAAAAGAAAGUUAUCCCUUGUCCUCCUUUCUACAAUUCAGAUAAUCCAGUCAAAGUUUUGGACAUACACUGGAUUAGUACAUAUGUCUUUGCAGUGGUGUUUGCAGCUGCAGAUGGAUCCCUGGAAACCCCUCCUGAACUUGUGAUUAUUUCCCUAGUGAAAAAGGAUGAGAAGAAAGAGGACCAAUUUUUGAACUUUAAUGACCUGUGUUUUGGAGUGACAACAGAGAGACAGCACCAUUACUACCUUCACUAUGUAGAGAACUGGGAUCUUCUCGUGGCUUCUUCAGCAGCGUCCAUAGAAGUCAGUGUCAUUGCUCGGCAACAGGACAAGGUUAACUGGGAGGUGUGGGUCCUUGAAGAUGCAGCUCGAGCAGAACUUCCUGUGACUGAGAGCAGUGAUGACACCAUGCCAGUUGGAGUCGGUAUUGAUUUCACCAGUCAACUGCCUGUCAAAGUUGGUGAUGAGAAGGUUUAUGCUCCUUCUCCUAUCAUGAUGCUGCUCACAACUGAAGGGCUCCUUUGUCCAUUCCACAUGCUUAAUUACAUCCCUGGAGUGAAAACAAUAGUAAAACCACCAAACUGUCCACGUAUUGAAGGAGAAAGGGAACCUCGCCCACCUCAAACAUCAGUCCCUGCUCCCUCUGUAUUGACGCCACCUCAGACUUCGACUGCAUCACCACGGCACACUCCAAGAGUUUGUGCAGCCUGCUGCUGCAUACCAUUCACCUGCUUUCCCGUCAAUGGUCUUUCCUGCUUUACCCCACUUUGCAAAGCAAACAAUGGCACCAUCAAGUUACAAAAACAAAACCUGAAGCAGGGUCUUGAAGAUGGCACCAAUGUUGAGACUGGAAGUGGUGCCACACCUACCAUAGACUGGUCUUCCUCCUAUGCUCCUAGUUCCAGUUCUUCCACGGACUCUCAAGUAGGUGACGUGCUAAAACAAAAAGCUGUUACCGCUACAAAGUUUGUUCGACUGGAACUUCAACUGGAACUUCAACUGACUCAUCAGUUGAGUCAGUGCAACAGCAGUACAAGCCCAGAAAAGGAGCUAUCAUUUGUACAGCCCUCAGGUCCUGCAACAAAAUCAUUCCAUGGCGCAAAAUUAAACUCUACUGCUGUGACCCGAAGUGCAUUGGGCUCUGCUGCUGUAAUGCCUGUUCCGAAGUCUUGCCCUACUCAGACCUCCACAACAACAAAGGUUUCCGCAUCUGAUCUGGAAAAACAACUGCAACAACAGCCAACUUUAGACCCAGUGAUGAUGGGAAUCAUGGAGGAGAUUGCUCUUUUUCAGAAAGAGUUGGAUGAGUUAAAGGCUCGCAUGGCAAGUGCUAACUUUGUGGUUGGCAGCCCAAAGGACAUGGCUCAUCUGAAACUUGAUGCAGAGUCACUCGAUGCCUUCCUGUUGGAGAUCAAGGAGACUACUGAGUCCUUGCAUGGAGAUAUUGGCACCCUGAAGACUGUGCUGCUGGAAGGAUUUGCUGCUGUGGAAGAUGCAACUACGCAAAACCAACGAAGCAUAGACCAGAAUUACCUUCAGCUUCUGCGCCGAAAACCACUUGACCCAAAGAGUGAAGCUCAGCUUAAGGAAAUUCGCCGCCUACAUCAAUAUGUGAAGUUUGCAGUACAAGACGUUAAUGAUGUGCUGGAUAUGGAAUGGGAGCAAUACCAGGAAAAGAACAAAAAACACAAGCACUUGCUUUUACCAGAGAGGGAAGUACUGUUUAAUGCAUUGGCCAGUCAUCACGAGAUUAUUAACCAGCAGGAUAAGAAGAUUAAUGAGCUGAUAAACAGCUUGCAGAAUCUCCGCAUAUAUAAUCAGACCUCCAAGUGGUGCAUGCCCAAUGACAAAUUUCUGAGUGACCAAUGCUGGAAUACAGAGCUGGAGAUGCUUCGAAAUGUUCUGGUGAAAACUACUUUGGAUUCAGCGCCAAAGCUAACACCAAGCAGCCCCGGCAAACUAUCUCCAAUGAAGCAAUCUCAGCUGCGAAACUUCCUUUCAAAAAGACAGACACCUCCUGUACGAUCUACUGCACCAGCUAAUUUGUCCAGGUCAGCAUUUCUAUCCCCAAAAUGUUAUGAGGAGUUGGAGGAUUCAAAUCAAACCAUCUCUGCCUUGCCACAUCCAGAAAAAGCAGUUACUCAGACUGAAGAACUGGAGGAGACACCAUUCAGGCACUCCCCUGUUGCAAGGCGACCAUCAUUUACACCAGCACUGAUCACUGCACAGUCAACUCCCUUUGGCAAAGUUCAGCCCCCUGUCCAUUCAGUUCCAAAGCCAACAGGUAAAAUGGUGAAGCAAGGAGUGCUUGUUCCUGAGAAGCCAAUUACCAGUGUUCCUGCUGCCCAGGCUGCUGCCCAAGCAGCUGUUCGGAGACAGAUGACUAAUCUGACAGCAGUUCCAAAUGCUUCUGUCACAGAAGCUGCAGUGAAGAAUGUUUCUCAUGUAAUCAAUGCGCAAGUGCUGAAAGAAACAAACCAACCUCCAAACUUGUCAACUAUCAUAAACGCAUCUACGCCAGUCUCAGCUGCAGAGGUUAUUCAUCAGGACUUAACAAAAGUGCCCUCAGACCAGAUCAAACCAGGAUCUCAGAUAAAUGCGAUGAAGGGAUCUGCAAUGGCACCCUCUGAAACUGGAUUAGCUCCAUCAGAAUCCUCGUCAUCAUCUGUAAAAAGUUUUACCUUCACUGCUCCCACAGGGGGUCAAGCACAAAGUCUUUUGAAAUCUGAAAAUGUUAUUGCAGGAACCCCUGGUCCCCAAAAAAUCUCCUCGUACCCAGGAGCCUCCUCUGGGUUUCAUUUUUCAAAUCCAAGCACUUCGUCAUUAAAUGCUUUGAAUGACAUUGCACUGGGGACACCUGGAAGUACAAAAGAAACUUUUCACACCAGCUUCGGAGUAACUAAGCCUGCCUUUGGAUCUGGUGCUGAUGCCCCCUUUUCCUUUGGGACCACAAAGACCAUCCCUAGCUCCACUGCUGUAUCUGCGUCCACUUCUUCUGGCAGUAGUGUUUGUACGUGUUCAGAUCAAGCACCAGAGAGCCAGCAUGCAACUGGAACACCCACUGAGCCUGCUACCCUUGGUACAGCAAGCCAAACAGAGGUGCAGCAGUCAAGAGCUGAACUCCAGCCAUCCAAAUCUGGGACUCGAUCUUCCAUGACAGAGUUUCAGGCACCUAAAGUCCAGCUGCCUCAGCAGCUGCCACCCAAGCUCGAGGUGGCGCAGCAGCAGCUGCCACCACCCAAACCUGAGGCAGAGCAGCAGCAGCAACCACUAGCCAAGUCUGAGCCAGUACUGCAGCAGCUGCCACCGCCACCCAAGCCCGAGGCACCAUUCCAACAGCAGCAGCAACCGCCACCCAAGCCUGAGCCAGCAUUGCAGCAGCAACCACCAUCCAAGCCCGAGGUGGCACAGCAGCAGCUGCCACCCAAGCCUGAGCCGGUACUGCAGCAGCAGCUGCCCCCCAAGCCUGAGGCACAGCUGCAGCAACAGUCACCAUCCAAGCCUGAGGUGGUGCUGCAGCCCAAGCCUGAGGUGUCACAGCAGCCACAACCACCUAAGCCUGAAAACAUUUUCUUUCAGGGUAGCACUGGAGGAGUCACAAUCGGCAGCUUCUCUGGUCUAGUGGUCAGUCAGACGGAUGAUGCCACCAAAUUGGAUAAAUCUCUACAGGGGAAUUUCAACUUCGCACAACCGCCUAAAACCUCAGUGGCACCUCCAGCUAGCUUGCCUUUUGGGAAUACCUUUCCAUUGGCAAAAUUAGAUUCCACAGAAGUAACUACAGCUGCAUCUGUUGACACCAAGCAACCUGGGCCAUUGUUUUCCUCCGUUCCUAUGACCAGUGCCGAAUCUUCCAGUUUACGUGGCAGUUUGCCAUCAGCACCUAGUAAGUCCAGUUCCACUUCUAAGCUCAACAGUUCCGUGCAGAGUGCUUCUUCUGUUAGCCCAGCAGGUACUGUCUCAGGUUCAGCCUUCACAGGAUCAUUGGGCUCCUUGGCUUCCGAAUCUGCAAUUGUUCCUGAAGCUUCAAAGCUGCCUACUCCUGAAGAGAAGAAAGAAAUUGGCAGUAAUAGUCUCUCUAUUUCAAGUUCCUCUGAGAAACCAACUGUGGAACCAAAAAAUGAUGCAUCAGCAGGCACGCCAAUUAACACAGGAAUUACAAGUACACCAUCCAGUCUUGUUUCACCAGCUGCAACUGUGACUAGUUCCUCUGCUGUUCCACCUGUAGCCUCUAUAGGUGCACCAGCUGAAGCAGCUGUUACAACAGAAUCCAGCCAGGCUUCAGCAGCACCUGUUGCAUCAUCCACUGUUUAUCCUCAAUCUACUGCUGCCAUUGUGUCAGGGAGCAGUGGUACACCUGUCAGCACCAGCGUUGCUAUGUCACCACAGCUCGGGACUUCUUCCCAGCCCAGCUUGGCAUCACUCUUGGUGUCCCCACAGGUCAGCUCCAGCGCACCCGUGGCCAUGUUCAGCCAAGCUGAAAAUAAGGAUACAUCCUCAGGACUAAUGCUCGGGCAGCAAAAUUCCGCAUCCUCUCUAGCUGUCGUGGUAGCCCCCCCAAGCAAAAGUGAUACCACCAACUCUCCUUUUACUGGUGGUAGCUCAGGAGUCAAUUUUGGAAAACCAUCCUUUGGCCAACCUAAUGCUAUAGGCUUUGGGCAACCUGCUAGCACCUCCAGUGCUGGGUUCAGCUUUGCGCAACCAGCGUUUGGAUCGCCAUCAGUGUUUGGUCAGCCCACUUCUGCUGCACCAUCGGCACCAAGUGGCAGUCCCUUCAGUGGUCCCUCAAGUGCCAACGCAUUUUCAUUUGGACACCCACCUUCCAGCAGUGGAGUAAUGUUUGGGCAAUCAGGUGCACCUGCAUUUGGACAGAAUGCCAGUUAUGGUCAAGCUCCUGGUUUUGGAUCCAGCACAUCGGCAAAUCUUGCAUCUGGAUUUAACUUUCAGCCUUCAGGCUUUGGUGGUUCCUCGACAGGCAGUGUGUUUGGUCAGUCUGCAAACACCAGCAGCAUGUUUGGUCAGGGUGCUAAGGGAGCAGUCUUUGGCUCUUCAGUUAAUACAACUGGAUUCUUCAGUGGCCUGGGAGGAAAGCCAAGCCAAGAUGCAGCCACUAAAAAUCCAUUUGGACAGACAAAUUUUGGAACCGUUGACUCUUCAAAUGCACCCAAUCUGUUCGGGAACAGCGGUGCUAAGGCAUUUGGAUAUAGCAGUGCCUCUUUUGGAGCAGAUCAGAAGUCUCCAGGCUCGUUUAGUGCUGGUUCCAGUGUUGCAUCCCAAGGAUUUGGCUCCUUUUCCACUCCAGCAAAACCUGCAGGUAGUUUUGGUGCUGCUCCAGUGUUUGGCAGUCCUCCAGCCUUCGGAGGCGCCCCAACCUUUGGUGGAUCACCAGCGUUUGGUGGGUCACCAGCUUUUUCAUCUCCAAUGGGUUCUUCUGGAGGCAAGGUGUUUGGUGAAGGAACGGCAGCUGCCAAUGCUGGAGGGUUUGGUUUUGUAAGCAAUCCCAAUGCACAGACCUUUGGAAGCCUAGCAAGUCAAUCCAAUGCUGCAACUUUUGGAUCUGUAUCACAACAGGGAUCUGGUUUUGGCACACAAGGGACCAACUUUUCGAGCUUUGGAUCGAGCGGAGGAGGGUUUGGAAGUGGUUUUGGAUCCACAAAUCAGUCCAGUCAGUCAUUCGCGAGUGGAUGGAGGGGCUGAAUUCAAUGCAGCUUUGCUUUGUUCUAUUUUUAAGACAUUAUAUAUAUAUAUAUAUAUAUAUAUAUAUAUAUAUAUGAUAAAAAUACAUAUAGAAAAUGGCAUUUAGUAGGGCAAGAGGUACCAUUGAUGGUGUGAUUUACAGUGAAUAAAAAUGCAAGCCAUUUUAAGUCACUGGUUACUGUGCAGUGCAAGAUGAAAUAGUAAUCAUAUCUUCAGGAAAUCGUGUGAAAGAUCAAUGUCACAUGA